GAAGUAUCGGAGCAGAAUUCCCGCAAACAGCAGGCGUACUUUCAGCUCGCAAGGAUGGCGCUUACCUUUCGACCGGGGCGACCCAUGCAAUCUCCGAUACUUGCUUUCUGUCACAUUCGGGUGCUUCACCCGAGUCGGAGAAUACUGAUGACUUGGACAUACUGCGUAUAGCCAUCUUGCUCAUGAAAAGUGCGCGCAUCCAGUACUGAUAGACUGUGUUUAGGAUUAGCGAGAUGCGACAGCUCGCUGCCCUGAAACUAGCAUCGGCGUCAACACGCUUCCAGAACUUUGUGGCUAGGUAGCGCAAGAUGGCAUCUCUACCCGCAAACACUGGGAGAACAAUCUUCGCCUCCGAAGACCGUUCUCGACCAGUCUCACGCUGGCCAAUGACGACCCUGUCACAGUACGCUGCGAAUCUGCGUGUCAACAUACGACUUGUUCUUAUUGCUUGCCUUGCCAACAUUGUCAAAGCUCAGGAGCCCAACUCCACAACGAUAGAAUGCUCGACAGAGGCAGACCAGUUUGUUGGCAAUUCGCAACAGAUGUUCAAGAUCGGGCCGUGGAUCACACGAGGAGUGUGCGUGCGGCAGAACAACCAAGACGCUAAAUGCUACCAAACACUCCUCGGGGUACUCACGAACCUGAACGAACUCCGAUCUGCCGAGUACAACGGAGCAUCUGGCGUCCUGGCCCUUCUGCCCACCAUCGGAGCCCUGCUCGGAGCACCCACCAACGAGAUCUGGAGGCUCCUGACAAUCGUCCCCUUCGGUGGGGUCCUGGCCAUGUUCCUCUCCUUUGGCGGUGCCAUCCUGCCGGUUCGCGUCGAAGACUACGAGCCGUCCCUCAAUAAGGAGCUGCACUCGGACUCGAGCUUCAGCCUCCGCAACAAGAAAAGGGGUGCGUCAAAGACCAACAGCGCGAAGCAGGCAGACGAGGUGGAGGUUGUGACACAGAACCUGCUCAAGCAGAUCGAAAAGAAGAUGCACUCGCCCGACAGCGUGCGGUUCAAGAAGACGGACAUAUGGCUUGGGUUCUUUGGGAUGUUUCUGCUGUUUGGGGGCUCGCAAGCCGCCAUGUCUGUGGUCGAGCAGGGCGCCGUGCUGCCUUGGUGGUGUGUCUCGCGUUGGUGGAUGCACAUGUGGUACUUCAUGGUAACUCUGACUGCCAUCGCGGAGAACUGGGCCCAGUUACCAUUCAGCGACCAAUUCAAGCUCUUCCUGUCCGACGUCCCAUACAUAAUCAGCGUCACGGGUGGCGAAGACAUUACCCAGUCCUUGGAGAAGGCUGGAUCUGGCGACAACACAACCAUCUCACCCAACGUUGAGACCGGAAAGGCCAUUGAGCGCGCGGUCGGCCAGCUCCAGACCAUCACGCCGGGCGUCGUGCACAUCAUCAGCGGCACCGAGACGACCUCGCCCCGCAACGCCAUCCUCAUCAUCGUGUCGGUCAUUGGCAGCGAGGGCGACGAGGGCAGCCGCCUCAACGCGCAGUCGUUCUGGCGGCUCCUGACAAAGUCGGCGAGCAUUGCCGUCUUCGUCACGGGCACCGCCUUCUUCGCCUCGGCGCAGCUGCUGGCCUUGCCAAUGGCCGUCAUGGCCCUGACGCUGCUGCUCGCGGCCGCCGUCUUUGGCCGCGCCAUUGCCUCGUACAUCACCACCUCGGUCGGCACCUCGGAGCCCAUGAUCCACGUCAUUGUCAACUCGCGCUCCGAGGCCUACCAGGUCAUUGCCCGCAUCAUGCUCCUCACCCACGACAGCCCCCGCCGGGAGCAGAACGUCGAGGCGGCGGCGGGCGCCGCGGCCGUGCGCGACAUCCAGAUCGAGCUCAACGGCCACAUCUUUGUCAACUGCAAGAGGGUGGCCCAGCGCUCGCGGUGGUGGCUCAACGUGCUGGGCAUCAUGGCCAAGCCGUAUGAUCUUGCGGGCGUGACUCGAAGGAGGGCUAGAGGCUACGAACUGCUGCCGGUGACGUCUUCUUCUUCACCAAAGUCUGAAUAGGGGGAGAGAGCGUGAGAAGCAUGAGACUAGGCAAGUUUUCUGCUCAUAUUGGUAAUGAAUAUUUAGUGCUAGCUAUUGUUCACAUCAUGG